GGACAGGGGAGGGGCGCGAUGAGACUGAACACAAUGUCCACAGACUCACAGGGAAGGUGAGGGAAUGGGAAUUCACCCAGGGUCUGGAGGUCAGCACCAUUCCCUGGUGGAACAACGCAACGGAAUUUUCCCGGUGGAGAGUCCCGUCAAGUUUCCCGUUCGUGGGUGAUAGUACUGUAAACAGGAAGGGCUCUUUUCGUUAACGUGUCCGCCCUUGGUGGAGUCGCUGAAUCCGGACGACAGCAAAGGCAGAAUGAAUGUAGUCUCACUGUAAAAUUCUUUAUUGGUUCCUGCUUCACUUGAUCUCCCUCCCCGAGUUCGCACAUUAAGCAGCCGCAAGCCAAAGUGAAAGUACAAGCAGGAAAAGUCUUGGAUCCCCGCGGGCUAAAGCGCAGUCAGCACACCAGCACCGAUCACUGGGUUUACACAACGACGAACAUGGGAAGCGAGUUUUCAAAGGAUGGCUGUUUUCACUUUCCAACCAUGGACAGAUGGAAUCUGGACUCUCUGAGGAGCAACUUGUGUAAACCCCCUGAGAGCUGUGGAGGCUGUAUAAACAUCCUGCUGGUCGGCCUGGUGGGGGCUGGGAAAUCAUCCCUCAUCAACACAUUCCUCUCGGCUCUGGAUCGCCAAGGAAGGACCAUAACCUGUGUCCCGACGGGGAUGAAUAACGAGUCUCUCACACCAGAGCUCAGAUCCUACAAAGCAGGGAGUUUCAAGUUUUGGGAUACAACUGGAUGGAAUGUUCUGAAGUACCCUGAUUGGACAAGGAGAGUGUUACCAAUGAUCCUGGAAGGAAGAGUUCACAAUGGAACAAACUUACAGCAUUUCAAGCCUGUCUUGGAAGAUUCCAAGUAUCCCGUUAUUCCAGAAAAUGUAAUCCAUGGAGUCGCAUUAAUAUUUAACAUCGACACCAUAGACUUGAUCAGUGAGAAUGAUAUGGAAGUGUUUCAGAAGCUACAGACGAUCGUGGCACAGAAAUAUGUUCACAGGGUUGUGAUUGGGACCAAGUUUGAAUUAUUAGGGAUACCAGAGAAACACAAUGCAUGGAUUUAUGAAUACAAGCCACUGCAGAGGAAGUUUGAAAUGUUGGCAGAAUCUACUGGAUUGGAUAUGCGUUCCAUGUUUGUGGUUUCGAAUCUGUGGAGAGGUGGUCAGAUUGAGAUGAUCAGAUGCAUCCUGGCCCUGUAUGUUCUGGAUAAUAUGGUCAGAAAUAUUAACCAAUUACGUAAAGUAAUAGGCAAAGCUGACUCUGUCCAGCGCUGUGAAACCAUUCGAUUUUCAACUGUGCGGGCACUGCAGUGGCAUUGAUGCUUUUAUUGUUUUCCCUGUAGUUUUAGCAUUCUUUAUGCUUGUUUAUAUAUGCAGGGUUCUCAGAUUAUUAAUUGUAAUGUUAACUGUAAACUGAAUAUAUAAAAUGGCUUCUCUGUAGCAUUAUAAUGAAGUGGCUUCUUUGUAGUUAACUGAUGUGGUAAUGCUCUGUUUAGUUGAAAUGUUUGGAUUAUAAUUAUUGAUAACAGAGGAACUAACCAAAGGAAGCAAUGUUGUUCUGUCUGUAUGUGCGGAAACCUGGAGUGAGUGGCAGGUGUUUUGGGAGGAAAACCAAAGAGGAAGGAUGUGCUAGAUGCGCUUUGGUUGACCACCGAGGUUGGUCCCAGGCCGCAGGUCAGGGAGGUUGGACAAGAUCGAAUGGAGGACAGAAGGCUUUGAUAGUUGUAAUCCAAUGGUUGUGCACAAACUGAUUGAACUCUGAUAAGUUUUGGCGCCCUAUUCUCCCUUUUAUAUUGUAUCACUCUUAUUUACACAGUUCCAUUAAAAUUUAUAAAGUGUAAUCUGUAAAACGUACAUUGUGUGCUGUCUGAUAUUGUGUGUGCGAGUUUGUAACAGUGUGUAUUACACAGCAUCUACACAAACGGGAGACACGGUUUGGAGGUGGAUGGAUUUUCCCCUAGCCAAACACAAGCCAAUAGCCCUAUGUGUAACAUUUGUAGGGGCUCAUCUGGGAUGUAUCAAAACAUGAAUCAGGAGGAGGUUGAGAUGCUCUCUGAGAACCUUUUUCGGCUCGGGAGAUGGCUUAAUGGAUUGUGGCACCAGGGGAUCAUUCAGGCCAAACAGGUGGAUCAGUUAAGAAAGGAUCAGGUAUUUAGAGGUGCCCAGGCUGAGAACAAGAUUGCUUGGAGUCUCUGGCAGUCUUAUAAGACGUGACCUCCUCCGACAUUCAUGCAACUGAUCAGGGAUGUGAGGGAGGAUGAGCGUACUUUGAGGAUGACUCUGUCAGCAGGGUGAGAUCCUCAGUUGAAGCCCCUGGUGGGGACAGGAGAAGAACCAGCUCCACCCGACAACUGAUAAAGGAGGUGGUGGCCGAGCUGAGGUCUGAGGGGUCGGUAGUGAGGGUUUUAUGCCCCUGAGGAUGGACAGUGCAGGAUGCUGUGAGUAGUGGUAGGUCUGCGAGAAGAGGGGCUCCUGGUAGUGAGUGCUGUAACUGUGGGAGAGAGGGGAACUUCCGGUGUGAAUGUGAGCAGCUGGAAGCCUCUAGGAGGGCGAGUCCCCGCGUAUCCAAGAAGGGAGAGGUGUUGGGAAGCUUAGAGGGGACCCAGUGAGGGAACAGGCUGGUGUCUCUAGGGGAACAUGUUCCCAGCAAUGUACCAAGGAACCCCUGAAAUCAAAAGACUCGAUUCCAGAAGGAUUACUGAAACCCGCUCUAGCGUGUCACUAUGGAUAGAGGGAAUCUCUGCUAAAGCCAUAUUCGAUACCGGGUCGCAGGUCGUGCUACGAUACUUUUCAUUUUACAACCAGUACUUAAAGCAUUUGCCAUUGACCCCAUUCUGUGCACUAGAGAUUUGGGGCAUCAGUGCUAAGUAUGAUGGGUAUUUGUAGGUGAAACUGGAGUUUUCAGAAGCCGAUGUGGGAGUGUCCAAAGUUUUGGAGACUUUAGUGCUGGUUUAUCCAGACCCAAUUGAGACAGCGGUGUGCUUCAAUUCUAGUGGGGACCAACACCCCUGUGGUGUGGAGGGUCAUGGGGCCUGCCAGGACAGGGUGAGUGCAAUCUGCUUGGGUGCCGUGCACCCAGCGUUCCAUGCUGCUUUUGCCAGAGAUUGAAUUUAAAUGAGGGACUGUAUGGUGCACCCAGUCAAAGCCUGUGAUAAUAAGGCCCGGGGAAGUAGUGAGAGUGAUGGGAACCCCCCAGAUUUCCUGGGGUGCCUGAUGCUGAGUCCCUUUCAGUGGACACCCCGGAAGACCUUGAGGGGAAAACACGAUUUCUGGCUGUAGUACUGGUGAGACCCAAAAUGCAGAGACACUCAGUGGUACAGGUGAGGCUGAUAGCUGUGAGUGUCAUGAACACUACAAAGAGAGAAAUUACCCUUAAGAGAGGGAUGCCUCUGGUGCAUUUGUUCUCAGUGACAGUAUGUCUAGUGCCCCUGUGAGGCCCACUAGAGGGGAAGGUUUGCAAAACAAAGGAAAGUUCACUGCUGAGGCCUUUAACUUUGGUGACUCUCUUGUGUCACCGGAGUGGAAAUGCAGGCUGGUGGAGAAGAUGUUGAAGCUGGAAGAUGUCUUUUCUCUUAGCGAGUUUGAUGUGGGUUGUUCCAAGAGCACUUGUGUUACCAUCCGGGUGACUGAGACACCCUUAGAGAGAGGUCACGGCGACUGGCCCCUGCAGAUGUGGAGGACGUGCAGCAGCACUUAUGCAAGUUGAAGGAAGCUGGAAUCAUCACAGAGCCCGAAGCCCCUAUGUGUCCCCAAUUGUAGUGACCUGGAAGAAGAACAGAAAGGUUCGCAUGUGUGUAGACUAUAGGAUCUUGAAGUGGUGCACUGUCCCUGACCAGUAUAUGAUCCCAAGGGUUGAAGACGUGUUGGCCUGUCGGAAUGGAGCGACGUGGUUUAGUGUGCUGGACAUGAGGAGUGGAUAUUACAAGAUCCCGAUGAGAAGAUCCCAAAGAGAAGAUAGCAUUUAUAUGCCCUCUGGAGUUUUUCCAGUUCAAAAAGAUGCCCCAGGGCACAUGGUGAGUCCCUGCCACCUUCCAGAGGGUCAUGGAGAAUAUGGUGGGGAUAUGAAUUUGCUUGAAGUGUUGGUGUAUUUGGAUGAUUUGGUAUUGUUUGGAGCCAUCUUGGAAGAACACAAAGUGAGGCUACUGAAGGAGGAAGGGCUUAAACUCUCCCUGGACAAGUGCCAGUUCUGUAAUACAUCUAUUAGCUAUGUUGGGCACACAAACUAGCAGACUGGAGUAGCUUCAGAUCCGGCUAAGGUAGAAGCGGUGACCAUGUGGCCGAGGCCCCAGACUGUGAGCGCUCUGCACUCGUUCUUGGGGUUGUGUCGGGGUCCUGAAUUACCCCUAUGAAUUGUGCUUUUGAAAAGCGAGAGGGAGUUGUUGUUCAAUGCCAGACACCUUGUUAUUAAGAGAGAGAGAGAGAGAGAGGCAAGACAGCCUUGGAGAUGGUGUUAUGGUUUCUCUGCAAGCAUGUUUUUGCAAGGACGCUGGCAGCUUCUGUAUUCUUACAGAGAGAGAAGGGUGGAGCUGCUCGAUGGACAGUUGGUGUUCAGCACGGUGAGAUAAAUAGAAGGUCAGCUGAUAGACCUACAGACACAUGGCUUUGGACACUGAAUGAGCUUUGUUGUGCCCACAGAAAAGGUGGGUUUUGGAGGAUCGAUCGGUCGGUUUGAUCAGUGGCUCUCGCAGUAUUGAAACGUAUAAAAUUCUAAAGGAAUUGGACUGGCUAGAUGCAGAAAGAUUGUUCCCAAUGUUGGGGAAGUCCAGAAAGAGGGGUCACAGUUUAAGGAUAAAGGGGAAGCCUUUUAGGACCGAGAUCAGAAGAAACUUCUUCACACAGAGAGUGGUGAAUCUGUGGAAUUCUCUGCCAGAGGAAACAGUUGAGGUCAGUUCAUUGGCUAUAUUUAAGAGGGAAUUAGAUAAGGUCCUUGUGGCUAAAGGGAUCGGGGGUAUGGAGAGAAGGCAGGUACAGGGUUCUGAGCUGGAUGAUCAGCCAUGAUCAUACUAAAUGAUGGUGCAGGCUCAAACGGCCGAAUGGCCAACUCCUGCAUCUUUUUUCCAUGUUUCUAUGAAAGGGUGUGACCAGUGGGGAGUUAUUCAUAUGUCCACCCCUUGCCUGGGUUGAUAAUCCCACCACAGAAGAACCACCUCCUUUUGUUGUGGUCACAGUUGGUGACUUAUAAAGGAUUCUGGAGGACAACGGGAAGAUCGACGGCAUCUGCUCAUCUGAAGAGCUGAACAUCUCUCUCUCUUUCCAGCACUACUCAGUUCCAUACCACAAACUGAACUGAAAUCUACUCACCACCACAAGACUGUAUCUAUUCACCCAUAGGCUUGAAGAAACUUGGUUUUCAUAUAUUUCCACACUUAUACAUAUAAACAUUGCUAACCUGUUUAAUAUAUCUGAAUUUUUAUUACUGUAUUGUGUAGCUACUAAUCAGUACCCUUAGUUAGUAGCAAUACUGGACUCCAAAGUGGUUUCAAUUUCUGCUGGGUCUUUAACCCGUCACGGGGUGCAUGUCAAAAUUGAGGGCUCGUCUGGGAUAUGAACAAGGUGUUCGUGGGGUUUGUUUGAAUUGAUUGGGGGCAAUCCCUUUUGAUUUAGUUGUGUGGAAAAACAGCAGAAAUGGAUGUUAGGGACUUUCUGGCAAGGCCAGAUCCUGUGGCUUUGAAGAGACCUAGAAAGGAGUUGUUGAAGGUAGGUGUGGAGGAAUUGAAACUUACAGAGCUCAAGAAGGAUAUGAAAAAGGCAGGAAUUCAAAGGAAAAUAGCUGAAUAUUAUGUCUCUGCAGAGAAAUUUGAUGAGGAUGAGUUUUAAACGGCUUUACUAUAGGGAAAGGGGAGGUCCAGGUACAACUGGAACAGAAAAAUUAGAAAGACUUAAAUUAGUGGCUGAAGAAGCAGGAAAACAGAGAGAAGAAGCAGAAAGACAGAGAGAAUUUGAGAGGGAGAAAUAGCAAUGUGAGGAUCGCGAGGCAGACCACGAGGAGAGGUUUAGUGUUAGUUCAGAAAUUAAGCUGGUACCUUCACUUAAGGAAAGAGAAAUCAAUCGAUACUUCCUACAUUUUGAAAAAGUCACCAUAAAUCAGAACUGGCUGGGAGAUUAGUGGGCUGUUCUGUUACAAAGUGUGCUUAAGGGGAAGGCCCAACAAGCAUAUUCGACGUACUCUGUUGCAGACGCAAAUAAUUAUGAUGUAGUGAAAGGUGCUAUACUUAAAGCUUAUGAGUUGGUUCCAGAGGUGUAUAGACAAAGGUUUUUUUGUUUGAGGAAGCCAUUGAACCAAAUGUAUAUAACGCUUGCCCAUGAGAAAUGUCUGUACUUAGAUCAUCGUUAGAAAUAGUACUCAUUUUUGCUCUGUUAUCUGAAAAUUAUACAUGUAUUGCUUCAAACUAUGUAAUCUACAGUUAAACUAAAAUAAAGUUUUCCUUUGUCAAAAAAUUUUUUCUAAAAGGAAAGGGGUGUGACGGGGACCUGAUUUACCCCUAUGAACUGUGCUUUUGGAAAGAGAGAGGGAGUUGUUGUUCAACACCAGACACCUUGUUAAUAAGAGAGAGAGAGAGAGGGUGGGGGGCAAAGACUGCUCGGAGAUGGUGUUAUGGUUUCUCUGCAAGCAUGUUUACACUUUUGCAAGGUCACUGGCAGCUUCUGUAUUGCUACAGAGAGAGAAGGGUGGAGCUGCUCAAUGGACAGCUGGUGUUCAGCACGGUGAGAUAAAUAGAAGGUCAGCUGAGAGACCUACAGACACAUGGUUUUGGACACUGAAUGAGCUUUGUUGUGCCCACAGAAAAGGUGGGUUUUGGAGGAUCAGUCAGUCGGAUUGAUCAGUGGCUCUGGCAGUGUGAAAAGGUGUGACUGGUGGGGAGUUAGUCAUGUGUCCAACCUUUGCCUGGGUUGAUAAUUCUACCAGGGAAGAAGUUGUAGCGGUCAGAGUCAGUGACUUACAAAUGAUUCUGGAGGACAAUGGGAUGAUUGACGGCAUCAACUCAUCUGAAGAACUAAACAUCUCUCUCUCCAUCACUACUCAAUUCCAUACCACGAACUGAACUGAACUGAACUUUACACAUCAGCGUAAGACUGUACCUAUUCAUCCUUAGGCUUGAAGAAGCUUGGUUUUCAUAUAUUUCCAUAUAUAUGUAUAUGCAUUGCUAACCUGUUUAAUAUAUCUGAAUUUAUGUUACCGUAUUGCGUAGUUACUA